AUGUCUUUAAAACCAUAUAGUUUUGAGCCAAAUGUUAGUGACAUUGAUAGUUUUGAACCAAAUUAUUCUGUAUCUUUAUGUUUACCAAAUGUUCAGGGAAGAGCCCAAGUAGAAGUAAAUGAGUGGUAUGAAGAAAUAUUGAAUAUUACUCGCCAACAGAUGAUUAUGAAAACUAAAAAUAAAUUGAAGAAAAAGCAGUUGAGCGCGUUAGAAGUACCGAAUAAAACAUGGAGAUAUAUUUGUUAUGUUCAGUUUACUCAUUGGGUUAAUUCAUGGACUUCAUUGGGAAAAGGAGUCAGAGUUGUCAUUCCUGCAUGUGUCAUAAACAAAAUAAGAAAUAAGUACCCGGAAAAAGAUGGACUGUAUGUUGGUUUCAAAAAAUCAAAUACAUAUUUACCCUCGUAA